AUGGAUCGUCAGAGACUGGUCGCACUGCUCCAAGAGAGCCAAAUCCCCGACACACAGAGGGUCAAGGCUGUGACUGCAGAGCUUCAGAAGAACUUCUACUCCAAGCCCGAGUCUCUGCUGCUCCUGAUCGAAAUCGUCUGCACGCACGAUGAUACCAACCUCCGUCAGCAGGCUGCCGUCCAGGCCGCUCGCCUGGCCAUCAAAUACUGGGAGAAGAUACCCGUUGAGCAGAAGGGCAGCGUCCGCCAGCACCUGGUCGAGGCCUGCAUGAAAGAGCAGAACGCCAGGUGCCGUCACUCCGAGUCUCGUCUCAUCGCCAGCAUCGCGAACCUCGACCUGGACGAGGACGCCUGGCCCGAGCUGAUCCCCUCGCUCUUCACCCUCGCCAACGGUGGUGAUGUCUCCCACCGUGAGGUCGGAUCCUACAUCAUCUACGCUAUCCUCGAGGAGAACCCCACUCACUUCGCCGAGAAGGUUCGUGAGCUGCUGGCCCUCCUUUCCAGCACCAUCAAGGACCCGCAGAGCCGAGAUGUCAGGGUCAACACCGUCAUGUCCAUCGGUGCCGUGCUGAUGCUGGUCGAGCCCGAAGAGGACGAGGCUGCCGUCAGCGCAAUCCAGCAGCUCAUCCCGAGCAUGGUCGACGUCCUGAAGGAUGCUGUUGAGAGCGGCGACGAUGAGCGGAGCAAGCAGUCCUUCGAGGUCUUCCAGCAAUUCCUCGCCUACGAGCCCAUCCUGCUGGCCCCGCAUCUCCGCGACCUCAUGGUCUUCAUGGCCGAGCUCGCUGUCAACACCAAUGCCGACGCCGAUGUCCGGUGCCAGGCUCUGGCUUUCCUGGCCCAGACCGUCCGCUACCGCCGCAUGAAGGUUCAGGCCAUGAAGGACAUGGGCGCACAGUUGACGCUGAAGAGCAUGGAGAUCCUCACCGAGAUCGACGACGAUGAGGACGAGGACGAGAUCACCCCUGCGCGGGCGGCCCUGUCCCUGGUAGACCAGCUGGCAAGCGACCUGCCCCCUCGCCAGGUCGUCGUGCCUCUGCUAGACGCCCUCCCAAAGUUUGCCUCUUCGGAGAACUCCGGAUUCCGAAAGGCCGGUGUCCUCGCCCUGGGCACGGUGGCCGAGGGUGCGCCUGACUUCGUGUCUACCCAGCUGAAGACGAUCAUGCCCAUCGUCCUGCGUCUGCUGAACGACCCAGACUCUGGUGUCCGUCACACCGCACUCAUCGGCCUGACCCGCAUCGCCGACGAGAUGUCUGAGGAGCUCUCAGCCGACCGCGAUGCGCUGGUCGAGGCUCUCCUGAAGAACAUCCAGGCUGCUAGCGUCGAGACUGCUGAUGCCUCGGCAGCCAAGAAGAACGUGGAGAUCUUGCGGUGCGCCUGUGCUGCUCUCGAUGCCCUGGCGACCGGGUUCGACUCUGAUGUCAUGCAAAAGUACGGUCCUGAGCUGAUCUCUCCGGUCGGCACGCUGCUCAGCCACCCCGACUUCAAGGUGAAGAGCGCCGCCGCCGGGGCACUGGGGGCCAUCGCCUCGUCGAUGGAGGAGGCCUUUGAGCCCUAUUUCGAGAAGACCAUGGCUGCCCUGGGGCCUUAUGUGCAUAUCAAGGACAGCGAGGACGAGCUGGAUCUCCGCAGUGGCGUGUGUGACGCGAUGGGUCACUUCGCCGCAGCCGUGGGUCCUCAGAAGUUCCAGCCCUAUGUCCUGGAUCUUAUGAAGGCCAGCGAAGAGGCGCUGAACCUCGGCAACCCCCGACUGCGCGAGACGAGCUUUAUAUUGUGGGCUUCCCUGGCCAAGGUCUACGGCAAGGACUUUGCUCCCUUCAACGCGGGCGUGUUCAAGGGCCUGUUCGACAGCCUGGAGCUCGAGGAGGAGGAGCUCGUUCUCAACCUGUCCGAGGAGGAGCAGGCUAUCAUCGGUACCGGUGAGGAGAUCAUCCAGGGUGGCAAGAAGAUCAAGGUCCGCCAGGCCGAAGAGGGCGAGGAGGUGGCCAUGGAGGCGGAUGGUGAUGAGGAUGACGAGGACGAGUGGGCAGACUACGGUGUCACCCCCGAGGCGUUGGAGAAGGAGGUGGCCAUUGAGGUUCUCGGCGACCUUGUCACAUAUGCAUGUGGCCUCCCCGAGAUCAGCCAAUACCUCCAGAAGGCCCUGGAGCACAUCACCCCGCUUGUCGAGCACUCGUAUGAGGGCUGCCGAAAGGCGGCUAUUAGCACACUCUGGCGGGCCUAUGCUCGGGUCGCCGAGCUGUUCGAGGAGCAGACCGGUGUGAAGUGGGAGGCGGGCUUCCCUCCCAAGCCAUCGCCUCCGGAGCUGGUCCAACUGGGCGAGAUUGUCGCCACUGCCACCUUGAAGAUGUGGCCCGACGAAGCUGAUCGCAAUGUCGUUGCUGAGAUCAACCGCAACGUCGCCGCGGUGCUCAAGACCACUGGCCCGGGUAUUCUCGCCCAGCAGAACAUGCUGGAGCAGACCGUCACGGUGCUGACCACCCUGAUCACGCGCUCUCACCCCAGCCAGCAGGAUCUUGGUGACGAGGACGAGCAGGAUGUGGAGGGCACGUCGGAAUAUGACUGGGUGGUCGUCGAUACUGCACUAGAUGUCGUCAUCGGCCUGGGGGCGGCCAUGGGUCCGGCCUUUGCCGAACUGUGGAAGGUCUUUGACAAGGCAGUGAUGAAGUUUGGCUCUUCUCAGGAGAACCUCGAGCGGUCGACAGCGGUCGGCGUCCUUGCCGAGGUGGCUGCGUACAUGGGCGCUGGCGUGACCCCCUACACGUCCAGCAUCCUCAAGCUGCUGCUGAAGCGUCUCACGGAUCCGGAUCCCGAGGUCAAGAGCAACGCUGCCUACGCCACAGGCCAGCUCAUCUACAACUCUACCGACACCAACACCUACCUGCCCAGCUACACGGACAUCCUGUCCAAGCUGGAGCCCAUGCUGUCCAUCGACCACGCGCGUCUCAAGGACAACGCGACUGGCUGUGUGUGCCGCAUGAUCAUCUCUCACCCCGACCGCGUUCCCAUCUCAGAUGUUCUGCCGGUCCUCGUGGGUCUCCUGCCUCUCAAGGCGGACUUUGAGGAGAAUAAGCCUGUAUACGAGUGCUUGUACAAGCUUUACGAGGCCAACGAGCCUACGGUUCAGAGCCUGACACCCAAGCUCAUCGGCGUGUUUGAGGAGGUGCUCAGCCCACCUGAGGACCAGCUGGAGGACGAGACGCGCCAGGUCGUGCAGCGCAUCGUGCAGAGCCUGUUCAAGGCCAAGCCCGAUCUGUUCCAGGGCCACGAGCAGGUUCUGAAGCUUGCCGGCGCCGCAUGA